AGCGAGCGGGGGCUUGGCAAGGGGGGGCAGCCAGGACACUGUCUGUGGUGAUGCUGCUGCCUUUUCUUUCAAGCACUUGAAGUUCUGCUGUAGCAACCAAACAGUGAAGAGGAGCGGGCGCGGCAGCAGCAGGAAGAGGACGUCGUCGUCACCAUGCCGCUCAAGGUGGUUCUGACCGGGCCAGCCCCCUGGGGCUUCCGUCUGGUGGGGGGCAAGGACUUCAACCAGCCGCUCACCAUCUCCAGGGUCACUCCCGGCAGCAAGGCGGCCAUCGCCAACCUGUGCGCGGGUGACGUGAUCGUGGCCAUCGAGGGAGCGCCGGCCGCCGACAUGCUGCACUGCGAGGCCCAGAACAAGAUCAAGGAGUCCGGCGGCCAGCUCGCUCUCACCGUGGAAAGAAACGAAGCCAGGCUGUGGUCGCCGCGGGUAACGGAGGAUGGCAAAGUCAGCCCGUUUAAGCUCAACCUGGAGGCAGAGCAGCAGGAGUACAAACCCAUCGGCGUGGCGCACAACCGCCGAGCUCAGCCGUUUGUGGCGGCGGCCAACAUCGACGACAAGCGUCAGGUGGUCAGCACGUCCUACAACACCCCCAUCGGCCUCUACUCGUCUGGAAACAUCCAGGACGCCAUGGAGGGACAGAUGAGAGGAUUUGUCCAGCCCAAGCCCGAGAGCCCGAGGACGUUGGCUAGCAUCGAGGACUCGGACGUUUAUCGCAUGUUGCAGAGGGAUGACGAGGGGCCUGCCGAGCCUCGACAGUCGGGAUCCUUUAAGGCGCUGCAGGACUUUGUGGAGAGCGACGGCACUCGGCCCCUGGUGACCCGGACCGUUAAAGCUCCAACAACCAAAGCGGCCGCGGCACCGGCAGGAAAUCUGCAGAAGCUGCCCGUCUGUGACAAAUGCGGCAACGGCAUUGUCGGGACGGUGGUGAAGGCCCGGGACAAAUUCCGCCACCCGGGUUGCUUCGUGUGCUCCGACUGCGACGUCAACCUCAAACAGAAAGGUUAUUUCUUCGUGGAAGGUCAGCUGUACUGCGAGGCUCACGCCCGGGCUAGAAUGAGACCCCCCGAGGGUCACGACCUUGUCACCACAUUUCCCUCUGCGUAGUUUCCUACCCUCCGUUGGUCUUUUCCUUUGAUUGCGGUGACGACAACACAAUCGUAACGCUAAUAAAGACACACUGGUAUCACCA